CUUGUCGCGUGCGUGCGAACAAAAUAAAUAGAACUUUUCAAUUUCCCUGCUUUGAGAUUUUCAGUUUUUUUUUUUUAGUUGGACUUUUCAGCUAAUGAUUAACGCGCUAGACAGAGCUUCGAACAAGUCGGGUUUGAAUAAGUAAGAGAUGGUUCUUUUUGUUUUUGCUUUUGAGGAAAGGACCUGGUUCAUGUUCAUUUUUGUUUUUGACGGAAAGAGGACCUGGUUCAUCUUUGCUGUCGUGGUGUGACGGAGCUGGUUCAACAUAAGUCGAGCCUGUGCUUCUGUAUUUACCAUCAAACGUAAAGAAGACUUAACUUAACAAGACUAAUGAUAAUGCUAUCUAAGACAGGAAGCUAAUAGAUCGUUCUACACUUGCACAACAGUAUGGCCUUACGGCGAUCGUGCGGCUGGCAACGCUGGCCCCGUGCAAGACCAACACUGGCUCACGCCCGCCCAAACUAUUCCAACGGGAAGGAAAUAUAAUUCAUUGUGCUCGGAUUUGGCAAUUGAUUACCAGAUCGCGUAGUAUCCCUUUUUGUAUCACAAUCGUUUGUCUACUAUCGGGCCACGCAUUGAUAUUAUAUAUGGAAAGUAAAUGCCGAUUUUUUAAAGAAUACAUACCGAUUUUUUUAUUGUGAUGCAUGGAAAAUACCGAUUUUUUUUCUAUGGUGCAAGGGAAAUACCGCUAAAAGUGGUAUAAUAAACCAUGACGGCGGAUUUGAAAAACCGGCGGCGCUUCGAGCCCACAUCUCAGUGCGGAAAUACCCCUCAAUAUGUAUAAUUUUAUUCCUCCGAGCAUCUAUAAAAGGGCGUCUACCAAGGAAGGAAAUUUUCACCAACACCUAACAAAGAUUUGUUUCUACAACACCUAGCACAGAUUUGCUUCUGUAGAAUAAUUUACAAGACUUCCAAGAUGGCCGGAGAGGUUGGCAAGUGGGGCAGUUCCUUGAAGCAUUCUUGGGUUUUAAUCCCACUGGUUGCCAAUGGAGUCAUUGUGGUCGUAGUGGCCCUUGCGUACUCUUUCAUCUCGUCCAACAUAAACGAUGAUGCUGCGACCGCCAUGGAUGCGUCGCUGGCGCACGUCGCCGCCGGCGUGCAGCCUCUCAUCGACGCCAACCGCUCGGCCGCCGUCGUCGCGCACUCUCUGCAGAUCCCCAGCAACGAAUCGUCUUAUUUCCAAUACGUGGGGCCAUAUAUGGUCAUGGCGUUGGCCAUGCAGCCACAGGUGGCCGAGAUAUCAUACACCAGCGUCGACGGCGCCGCGUUGACGUACUACCGCGGCGAGAGCGGCCAGCCGAGAGCCAAGUUCGGAAUCCGUCUCGUGCUCAACGAGUGGAGAGGGGCAUCCGAGCUCCGGCGGAUGGGGGUGGCCAUGGUGUGCGUCGUGUGCGCGGUCGUGGCGGUCGCGACGCUGGUGUGCUGCCUCAUGGCGCGGGCACUGUGGCGGGCCGGGGCGCGGGAAGCAGCUCUGGAGGCCGACCUGGUGAGGCAGAAGGAGGCGCUCCAGCAAGCGGAGCGCAAGAGCAUGAACAAGAGCAAUGCCUUCGCGCGCGCCAGCCAUGACAUCCGUUCCUCGCUCGCCGCCAUUGUCGGACUUGUCGAGGUUUCCCGGCCAGAGGCCGGGAGCAACACCAACCUCACCUAUAACCUCGAACAGAUGGAAGUCGGCACCAACAAGCUCUUCGAUAUACUUAACACGAUACUGGACAUGGGCAAGGUGGAGUCCGGGAAGAUGCAGCUGGAGGAGGUGGAGUUCAGGAUGGCAGACGUCCUCGAGGAAUCCAUGGACCUGGCCAACGUCGUCGGCAUGUCAAGAGGCGUCGAAGUGAUCUGGGACCCCUGCGACUUCUCCGUGCUCCGUUGCACCCCCACCAUGGGCGACUGCAAGCGCAUCAAACAGAUCCUCGACAACCUACUCGGCAACGCCAUCAAGUUCACGCACGAAGGCCAUGUCAUGGUCCGGGCAUGGGCCAACCGCCCCAUCAUGAGGAGCUCCGUGGUCAGCACGCCGUCGAGGUUCACCCCCCGCCGCCGCACGGGUGGGAUCUUCCGGCGGCUGCUCGGGAGGAGGGAGAACCGCUCCGAGCAAAACAGCCGAAUGUCCUUACAAAAUGACCCGAAUUCGGUUGAGUUUUACUUCGAGGUGGUUGACACCGGCGUGGGGAUACCCGAGGAGAAGAGGGAGUCUGUGUUUGAGAACUACGUUCAGGUGAAGGAAGGGCAGGGUGGCACCGGGCUCGGGCUUGGAAUUGUGCAAUCCUUUGUUCGUCUGAUGGGAGGGGAAAUCAGCAUCAAGGAGAAGGAACCAGGAGAAGCAGGGACGUGCUUCGGCUUCAACAUCUUCCUCAAGGUCAGCGAGCCGCCGGAGGUGGAGGAGGACCUCGAGCAAGGGAGGACGCCGCCGUCGGCCUUCAGGGAGCCCGCCUGCUUCAAGGGCGGGCACUGCGUCCUCCUCGCCCACGGCGACGAGACCCGCCGGAUCCUGCACACAUGGAUGGAGAGCGUUGGGAUGAAGGUCUGGCCCGUCACGCGCGCCGAGUUCCUCGCCCCGACCCUCGAGAAGGCGCGCUCCGCCCCGGGCGCUUCGCCGUUGAGGUCGGCGUCGACGUCGUCGCUGCAUGGCGUCGGGAGCGGCGACUUCAACAGCGGCACGACGGACCGGUGCUUCAGCUCCAAGGAGAUGGUCACCCACCUGCGGAACAGCAGCGGCAUGGCCGGCAGCCACGGCGGGCACCUCCACCUCUUCGGCCUGCUCGUCAUCGUCGACGUCUCCGGCGGGAGGCUCGACGAGGUGGCCCUGGAGGCGCCGACCCUGGCGAGGAUCAAGCAGCAGGCGCCGUGCAGGGUCGUCUGCCUGACGGACCUCAAGACCCCCUCCGAGGACAUGAGGAGGUUCAAGGAGGCGGCGAGCGUCGACCUCGAGCUGCGUAAGCCCAUUCAUGGCUCCCGGCUGCACAAGCUCCUCCAGGUCAUGAGAGACCUCCAGGCCAACCCGUUUACACAGCAGCAACCGUAUCAGCUCGGUGCGGCCAUGAAAGAACUGCCGGCGGCUGAUGAGACCUCCGAGCUGGCGGAAGCAUCUGAAAUCACGCCCGUGGCCGAGCCCUCUGAGAUCACGCCCUCGGUGGAGGCGUCCGAGAUCAUGCCCGCGGCGGCAGCGCCGGCGCCCCAGCUGGGACCGGCCAAUGCUGGAGAAGGCAAGCCGCUGGAGGGGAUGCGCGUGCUGCUGGUGGAGGACACCGUGCUACUGCAGAGAAUCCAGAAGCAGAUGCUGACCAACCUCGGAGCAACCGUGGAGCUUGCCACGGAUGGCUCCGUGGCCGUGGCCAUGUUUACAAAGGCCCUCGAGGACGCAAAUGGCGUCUCAGAGAGCCACGUAGACACAGUGGCCAUGCCCUACGAUGUCAUCCUCAUGGACUGCCAGAUGCCGGUGAUGAAUGGCUAUGAGGCGACGAGGCGCAUCCGCGAGGAGGAAAGCCGCUACGGCAUCCGCACCCCGAUCAUCGCGCUGACCGCGAAUUCCGCGGAGGAGGGGCUGCAGGACGCCAUGGAAGCAGGGAUGGAUCUUCACCUGACCAAGCCGAUACCCAAACCGAGAAUCGCACAGAUUGUACUUGACCUCUGCAACCAAGUUCAGAACUAGUGAUGUUCUGUUCGUCCCUCGCAUGAUCAAAAUUCGAGAUAGGUGUAAGCCGUGUAGGUGGUUUUUCAGCGAGCGAAUGCAGCUAUCAUCUAGUGUAAGUCACUGAAGAACCACCUUACAUCUCGAGUUUCGAUCGUGCGACACCGGGCAUUAUCGUAGUUUGUAACAUUUAGCAGCAGCAGCUCAACUUUGUUGUUGUACCAAAAUCAGGUCAGGUUUGUUUUCCAGAAUUACUCUUGGACAAUGUAAUGUCAAAUUUGAAUUCCCAGAAACAAGGUUAAGUUUUGAGUUCCA